CGGCCAGAGAAGUUUCCUGUUAGAGGAAAAGGGAAAAAGUGACUUCUCAUUGAGAACACUGGACACUUAUUGGACUCUGGGCUGUUUGGAGGCUUUUCUCCGAGGAACAAAAGCGAGUCUGACGACAUUUCACAGCCUCUUGUUCUCUUGGAAGGUUCUUGCUGAUCAAUCUGCCAGUGGCCAAGAGAUGAACUUCAUUAUUAACCUGAAGGAACCAAACACCAAAGACAUGAAAGAGGAAGAACCAGAACCUCAAGGAUUUAAAGAAGAACAGCUUGGACUGUGUAUCUUUCCAGAUGAAAAGCAACUUGUUAAGCAGGAGUCAGAUACCUUUGUAGGGCUUUCUGCUUGUGACAAACUAUUUCAAGUUGAACCUGAACAGCAACAGACGAACGUGACAAAGGAGGAACCAGAACUUGUACAGAUUAAAGAGGAACAUGGGGAUCUCUGGAGUAAUGAGGAUGAGGAGCAGCUUGUAGUGAAGCAGGAGGCUGGCACCAUUAAGGUGACUCCUCUGGAUUUAAAAGAUGACACAAAUAACCCUGAAGAGAAAAUGAACCAACUUGUCAUUGCAGACUCUCCUGAAGGUGAGAAGCAACAUCAGCAGGAUAAUAAUCAAGAAGAGUCAGGAUCAAACACAGAUGAAGCGCUAAAGCAUAAAAAGAGACGAGAGAAAACCAAAGAUCACAGUGAUGGUUCAAAACUGAAAAAGACAUAACACCAAUAAACCUUGUGAACCAUGUGGUAAAUGUUACACUAAAUGUAGAUGUUUGACUAAUCAAAUUAGGAAAAAAAGAGAGAAAUCUUUCCUGUGUGUGCUUUGUGGAAAAGGUUUCCCUGGUCAAAGUCAUUUGAAUAUCCACAUGAGAGCCCACACAGGGGAGAAGCCUUUCUCUUGUCCAACUUGUGCAAAAGGGUUUUCCACUAAAGGUAACUUGAAUAUUCACAUAAGAACUCAUACAGGCGAGAAACCGUACGCAUGUGAAAUGUGUGAUAAAUUUUUCAGCAGUAGUAGUAGUCUGGCUCGUCACAUGAGAAUGCACACAGGAGAGAAGCCUUUUUCCUGUCCAACUUGUGCAAAAGGGUUUUCCAAUAAAGGUAACCUGAGUACGGACAUAAGAACUCAUAGGGGCGGCACGCCAUACGCUUGUGAAAUGUGUGAUAAAUCUUUCAGCGUUUGUAGUUCCUUAGCUGUUUACACCAGAACUCAUACAGGUGAGACAUUUUCUUGUCCAACUUGUACCAAAGGUUUUUCCUCUAAAGGUAACCUGAUCAUGCACAUAAGAACUCAUACGGGUGAGAAGCCUUAUCACUGUAAAGUCUGUGAUAAAUCUUUCAGCUGUGGUAGUUAUUUAGCUUAUCACAUGAGAACACACACAGGGGAGAAACCUUUUUCAUGUCCUACUUGUGCAAAAGGGUUUUAUCAAAAAGAUCACCUGAGUAGGCACAUAAGAACUCAUACGGGUGAGAAGCCUUAUCAUUGUAAAGUGUGUGAUAAAUCUUUCAGCUGUGGUAGUUAUUUAGCUGUUCACAUGAGAACACACACUGGUGAGAAGCCUUUUUUUUGUCCAACUUGUGCACAAGGGUUUACCAGGAAAAGUAUCCUAAAUCAACACAUAAGAACUCAUACGGGCGAGAAGCCCUAUGUUUGUGAAAUGUGUGAUAAAUCUUUCAUCAGUGGUAGUCAUUUAGCUCUACACAUGAGAACUCAUACAGGCGAGAAGCCUUAUCAUUGUAAAGUGUGUGAUAAAUCUUUUACUUCCUCUAGUAGUAGGAUUAGACAUAUGAGAACUCACAGUUGAGAAGCUGUAUGCUUCUAAAGCGUGUGCUAAGCCUUUCAGAAACAGUUGUCAUCUGGCUGAUCACAUGCUAACCUACAGGUGAGACACUUUUCCUGUGUCAUAAGUGUAGAAAAUGUUUCUUCAAGCAAAGCAAUCCAACUGUCCACAUUAUAAUCCAUGGUGAUGAGAGGUGUGAAAUGAUCUUCUCUUGCAAGGAGAACAUCAGAGGUGUUCUGUUCUGUCUCUCUUCGAGGACAGUCAUGUUUUUCUUCUCUCCAGCUUUCAUCCCCCCCACCC